AUGAGCCUCGAGGGUCGGGUCGAAAACUUUCUGCGCGGCCUUGUCGGCAGAUCCUCCACCAAGCCCAAAGCUACACGAAGCCGCUCGGCCCACGCCCGAACGGCGGGCGUGGUAACCUACCCCGAGCUGCCCUUAACUCACGACAGCCGCCGUUCCGCGAGGAAGAAGGAAGAGAAGCCGGUUGGUACGGUAAGUCGUUACAAGUGGUUUUAUGUUUAGGCUUACAGCGAGUCAGAUGUUUUGAAACGUGUAAACAGUUCUGGCAGAACCUUUUUACACGUUUUCGUGGAGAAGAUUGUGUUUUACAGGCUUUGUGUUUAAAUAGUAGCGUAUUUUACAAUCGAAAUAAAUGAUGUUUCAGGAAGCACUUUUGAUCACGGAACCAAAUCAGCCGCCUUCAGAAGAAGACACGAUGAAUUGGAUGCGUCGCUUCAGAAGAUCGAUGCGAGGGAACUCGGUCAGGAAAGCGGCCAAAUCAAAAGAGAAAAAGGACAAAGGGAGAGCAACAAGUGAGGAGAACACAGUUUUAAAUAACGAGUCAAAGGGAGAAGAUGAACCUAAAGAAGUCAAGCCUAAGGCCAAAGAAAGAAAGUCAAAACCUCCUUUACAGCGACAAGAAACCCAGAUAAUUGAUCCUAAACUGACUCUACAGCGAACCAAAUCAGUACGGAAAACAGAGAUCGUGGACGAAGAGAGUAUCACACCCCCAGAACCUCUGGUCACCCACUUCCCUGCCAUUCAGAACGCUUCAGAAGUCGAUCAGUACGGUGGAAUGUCGCCUCAGGCAUUGUGGACGUCAGCCAAGAGUCAGAAGAACUACCAAGAAGAGAGUGGCUACAACAGUCCGUUGGAGGUACAGGUGUCUCCGGGGCGUACUGUAGCCAGAUCCAAGUCGAAUCCUCGCUCUCCCCGAUCGCCUUCUUCUCCACCGUCCAGAUUCUCGUCGCCACGGUCUUUGAAUCGCACGUAUUCAGAUCCCUUCAGGCGCUCCAGGUUCUUGGCUAAGUCAGAAUCUAAUUUGCGACGUUUGGUGGCUCCAGAUCAGUCGGAAGAAGUUGUACGGUACCUGAGGGUGCAGAUUCAAGAGACCAAGUACGUGACAGCCGUCUUCGAGUCUGCUAAAGGGGGAUUGGCGCCGAUUCUCGGAGAUUUGGUUAAGGAGCUGAACCACUGGCUCGGGAACCGGUCGAGGCUACUGGCUGUAGCGUGUGAGGUGCAUUGGUCGGUGCCUGAGAAGAUACGAAGUAGGGUGGUGGAGAUAAAGUAAGUCAUCUUAUCGUUGUUUUCUAUACUCUUGUAUGUCAUCAGUAUAGUUUAAGGCAUAUUUAUAUUACUAUUGAUCAAAUUAUGAUAGUAUCAUAUACUUCUUUAAACUCCUGUACGAUACUUGUCGUAGCUGUUAUCUUCGUGUUUAUUUAUAAAGAUGUUAAUGGCAAAUUGUAGCAUUGUGUUGUGAUCAGGCUUGGACGUAUGGCAGGGCAGGGCCCAAUUUGCGGCCCUGGGGCCGGGCCCGCUUGGGCCCUGCCCGGUACAGGGCUUUUAAUUUCGGGCAGGGCAUUUACAGGGUUUUACAGGGCAUUUGUAAAUUAAGUUUAUAAAGCUAAUAACAAGUGAAAUAAACUGCUUUAUAUCUAUCCGGCCUCACCCCUGACCCUUUUCGCCUUUCCCGGCCUUACCCCUAACCUUUUUAGGGCUACCCAACCUUAAUUCUGACCUCUUUAGCUUUAUCCAAGUCUACCUUUGACCUGUUUAGCUUUACCAGACCCUACCCUUGACUUUAUUAUCCUACCCUACUAUACCAUACCCAUUCUACAUAAAAUUCCAUACUGUACUGUACCAUGUCCUAUGCUACUUACUAUAUCAUACUCAUCUUACCAAACAAAACAUACCAAACCUUACAAUACUUUACAUUACCAUAUCAUAACUUAUCCUAUCUAUCAUACUAAACCCUACAAUACCCUACCAUACUAUAUGCUACCCUAUCUACCAUACCAAUUCCUACAAUGCCCUAACAUAUAUAACAUGCCAUACUCUACCUGAUAUUAUACCAUUUAUCUUGCUUUAUUUACCUACUCUACCCUACCUAUGGGUAGUACACAGUAGUGUUGUAUAAGAUUGGAUAAGGUAAGAUAUAAUACACUAUGGUAUAUGUAGUAUGUUAUGGUAUGGUAGGAUAUGGUAUUGUAUGGUAGGGUAUGGCAUGUUAUAAUAUGGUAGGGUAUUGUAGGGUUUGGUAUGGUAGAUAGGAUAGGGUAUGGCGGGGUGUGGCAUAUUAGGUACAAUAUGGUAGCGUAGGAUCGGGCAGGGCUACAAAGGUCAAAGGUAGGGUCGGGUAUGGUUAAAAGGGUCAGGGGUGAGGUUGGGUAGGGUUAAAAUAGGGGCUGAAGUCGGGUAGGGAUAAAAAAAUUAGGGAUGAGGUCGGAAAGAGCUAAAAUGUUCAGGAGUGUAAGUAACAUUACUUGUUAGACACUCAACAAUUUUUUUUUAUUACCGGGCACGAAGCAAGCCCUGCCCGGUUAAAAUCAUGGGCCCUGCCCGGUCGGGCACAGGGGGCGACGCCCUACGUCAAAGCCUGGUUGUGAUAUAAGCUUAAAAUAGUAUCCCGACUUCCGUGUAGAUUAUUUUCACUGAGUAGGUCUAGCUCGUCUGUUUCUUGUUAUUCCGAGUACGGAUCUGUCAUUUGCAUACGAGGUAUGGAGAUGUUGUAAAUGUUAUUCAGAAUCCUGCACGAUGCGACAUAAACAAGACAUUUACAGAGUAAAAGUUUGCAAUGUUUAUGUCAUGUUUUAGUUAACGUCUUCAGUAUGAUGCUAUUCAGCAUCAAGCAUAGUACACUAGAACAUGAUGAUGUUUACCUUUGUAUGUAUGCACGAUUCUAAUAGUAGCAUCUUCAUUAUCUGAAGAUUCUGUACAAAAUAGUACUUAGUAUGAUGAAGCCGUACAAAACAUGUACGAUGCUAGUAGGUAUAGUACGGCGAAUCUGUUAAGAAAGUUCAUUAUGUCGUCAUUCUCACUUCUUCCGCAAUCAGCGGCCUUUAAUGAGUACGGCCGGUAAACAAACUUGGUGCACUAUUUCAGGAUGAAGAAUGAAUUGCAUCGUGCCCUCAGGCAAAACAAUGCCCGCGUACUCAGAUUGUACGACGAGAACGGCGGCACGAUACCCCUGAAUCUGAUGGAUUCGAAGACGGAAGAGAAUUGUGCUCGAGAUGCUGGAUUGGACGCGUUUCAGGGUGAGGGUUACUGUAACGUGACAAAAUAUGUUUUGGAAUUUUUAUACUGUAUAUUACAGGACUUCUUUACCUUCUUCUGUUCACUACACCUUUUGUGACAUUGUUUUUACUAUGAACAUUGCCUAAAGUAACAUUUUUAAAGGAAUUUACCGUCGCUUUUACCCCGCCCUUCUGAAUCUGCAGGACUACACUACGAUGGAUACCCACAAGUCUUACUGGACGUUGGAGAACCUCGGUAGUCAUCGUACGCCGCUUCAGCCAGCUCCAACUAGAUUCAUGUAUAAUCCAUCGCGCGACAUUCUGGCCAGAAAGAGUGUUGUCGCCUUGAAUAUGGCGGUGCUUCGGAUGACCGGCGACACGGUCGACUACGAGAACGACGCCAGGAAAUAGUCUUUCACUCACGCUUGUUUACUUUACAUUGACGCAGUAAAUGUUGUCGUUACAUUAAAGUUAAUAUCGGCUAUUAGUUCUAACAUACCAUAAUAUAAAUGGGACGUGUUCGGUUGAACAUGCAAUAUUAGGUUUUGCAAUGAAAAUAUAUGAUUUUAGAGCUAACGUGCUUUAAUAUUACUUUUAUAUAUUUGUAAAUUAAAGUACAGUAAGUUAAAGUAAUAAAAUUUAAAAGGAGCAUAUUAUAGGACACAAUAUGGCUUAUAAAUGAAACACUACGGUUUCAAUUGAAAUUGUUAACGUUUUAACGCUUUAAAUACGAUAAAUAAUGGCAUCUUUAGGUACGAUUGGAGGUAAAGAGUCUGUUGAGUGGAGUACCGGCCGCUUUUCGGCUUUUGAAUGUUACAGUAAUCAACGUGGACGACAAUCAACCAGAGUUUACUUUAACUGAGGUCAGUGUAUUAGAUAUAUACCUUAAGUAUGUAUAAGGUAUUAUACUUGUUGUGGGAUUAAGUAGCCUACAAGGUUUACGCCUACUUUACCAUCAAUUAUACCUUAAUAACAGAUUAUAGGCCAAACUCUGUACCCUACUUAGUCAAUCUACACAUACAUUUACAUUGCUAAAACAUGUGCAUUAAUGUUAAUAUAUACAUGAGGUUGAGCACAUGUUAUGUUUACCACCUAGCUAUUUAAACACCGUAGCUGCUAUUUUGACAACUUACCCCCCCCCCCCUUACUAACUAAACAGUAAUGAAGUAAUUGCAGACAGAGCGGAUUAUCUCUAAUGAAACUGUCCAGAUUAGGGCCUGGGACGAUGAUCUCUCGCCCUACAACAACAUCUACUACUACCUUUUGCCGAAGUGUGGUAGUACGAGAUACGUCAAGAUCGGGGAGGAGACAGGGCUUCUGGAGCUGGACAAAGACGUACCAGAUGGCACCAAACUCUGUGUAUAUGCAAGGUGAGUUACUGUAGGAGUUGGGGUAGGACUACUGUUACAUUUAGUUUAUAUUACUAUAAUAUAUAAUUAAUUUACUGUAAAGUUUUUUUUGUGUCAUAUGUAAGAGGGUAGUAUUAUGAAUAUGAUUGUAGCUCGGUUCAACUGGUCGAUGACUUGGACAGUUUGUACUAUGACAAGUUCAACAAGGCUAUGGUGAAGUUGACUGUACAGAAGUCGGACAUUACUUUAUCAUCGACGUGGGUUCUCUUAGAUUCAGAUCUGAAGAAUCAGCAGAUUGAUCUGAAGCUACUUGACACUGGCUCUGAGUUACAGUAUCAUGUUGAGGAUAUCCAGUUCUACCCGUAUGUUACAAGAAUACUUUUAAAUGUAUAUAUAUAUAUUGUAGUAGGUAAAAGUAAUGAAACUUUAAUGUAAUUUAGUUGACAUUAGUUAUCAUUCUUGUAUACACAAUUACGAAAUUUACAGUAUGAAAGGCCACGCAGUGUCAGUAAACGAUCUUAUUUCCAUCGAUGAAAAAACUGGGAUCUUGUUGUUGGACCCGAGAAUCGUCGAUGAACCAGAAGGAACGUACCAGGUUACUGUAACCAUUAAAGGUCAGACUACCUACAAUCAAGACAUCUUUGUAUACUACAUCAGAGACUACAACAAACUCCGGUUUGUCUUUGAUAACAACAAAGACAACGUCGGACUGAACCUUGAGGCCUUCAGAAGUCAGCUACAAGUGAUUCUGAGCUCACAGCGACGGAAGAAUGUCACUAUUGUGGAUUCUGAAGUCUGUGGAGCUGUGGAGGUGAAUCAGAGGAAACGGUAAGGUGUUAGUUACAGCAUUACUAUAUGUAUUAAAAGAACAUAACAGUUUUUACUUUACUUUCAAAAAUAAUGUUACAGUACCCAUGUGUGCUUCUUCUUGACUGAGCAUAACAAAGUGUUGGACUCUGAGAACGGACUGGACUGGCUUAGCACCACUUUGAAUGCCAAUCCAAGAUUGAUCGAUCUCUAUUCCAAGUUCAGAGUAAUCGAUGUUGAUGUAAGUUGGGAGUAGAUCUUUAUCGCACUUUAUUUGGUACCUAUAUCAAUAUAUUUAUAUUAUGUUUCUAAAAGUGUAUGCAUAUCAGCUAUAUUAGAGUUCUAUCUUCAGAAAUGUAUUAACUUGAACUCUCUGUUACUACACUCGUCUACCACGGUAUUGGAUCGGGAACAGUUGGUAUGGCUAUCGGUGAUACUGGCACUUGUCGCAGUACUAGUCGUACUUGUUGCUUAUUCUUGUUUGGUCAAGAGAGUCAAAGACAAGAGGGUGGUGUUUGAAGGUACUGUAGUCACCAGGGAAUAG